AUGGAAGAGAUCUGGGAGAGAGAUCUCUCGCCGGAGCGGAUCGCCUACCUGGCGCAGUCCCGAAUCCCUGGCAUCAUCGCAUGCAACACGAUUCUCCUCGUGUUCGCGACGGGAGGGCUGCUGGUGCGGCUGUUUGUGCGCGUCCGAUAUCUGACGGGGAUCAAUCUGGAUGAUGUGCUGUGUAUAACCAGCUGGAUCUUCACGUUCGCCCUAUGCUUUACCACGAUGUGGAUGACCAGAUACGGCUUCGGCAAGCAUAUCGGCACGGUGACGAGCUUCAGCGCUCGAUCCAUGUUCCUCAAGCUCGACUUCGUCACGAUGCUCACCUACGUCCUCGCCCUGGGCGCCAUCAAGAUCUCCUUCUGCGUGCUGUACCUGCAGAUCUUCCCGGGCCGGAAAUUCCGGAUCGCGUGCUGGUGCCUGCUGGCGAUCCUGAUCGGCGAGACGGUCGCGGAGACGUUCGUGGUGAUCUUCCAGUGCAUCCCCGUGCACAAGGCGUGGGACGCGACGGGGCUGGUGGAGGGCUACUGCGUGAACAUGACGGCGCUGUACUACUCGAACUUCGCGAUCAAGCUGGCGACGGACCUGGCGAUCUUCAUCAUGCCGAUCCCGAAGCUGUGGCAGCUGAAGAUGACGCGCGGGAAGCGGAUGGGGCUGGUGGUGAUGUUUAGUUUGGGGUUGUUGGUCUGCGUCACAAGCAUCAUCCGCGUCUCGUACAUGAACUCCUUCGCCGUCGACCACACCUGGUCAAUGGUCAACACCGAACUCUGGUCCUGCGUCGAAGUCGCCGUCGCCCUCUUCAUCGCCUGCAUCCCCAGCUUCAAGACCAUCAUCACCCACCGCUUCCCCGUGCUGCAGCGCCUGCUGGGCCUCUCCAGCGAGGGCGACUCCGCCGGCCCGUCCAAGAUGUACGGCACCGCCUCGCGCCGCACCUUCCCGGGCCACGGGCCCUCGAUGAGCAUCAAACUCCACAAUGUGACGGGGCCGGGCCACAGCAGCAGCAGCAGUCGCGCCGAGGCGGACACGGGCAACGAGUCGCAGGAGCGCUUCAUGUUCCCCGAGGGGAUCCACGUGGUGACGAAAGUUAGUGUUAAUGAGACGGUCUGAUUCCUUUUCCAUUUUCGGAGAUCAUUGUCGUAGACACGGCUGGUGGGGCGUUUGGGUGGGUGAUAAUAGAUUACUGUACGAUUUGGCGCUGGCUGUUCACUAGUGGGUAGUCGUAGAUCUAGCCAGUUGGCUGUGGG